AUGGCCUCUCUCCGCACUGCUAAACCUUGGCUGAGGAGCUACUUCAAAGAGAACUACAUUCCCCAGGUCUGCGAGGCUCUGUUAUGUGGUCUACUUGCUACCUGUCCAGAGGAUCCGCUAAGAUAUUUAGAAGUAAUGAUCAAGUAUAUAAUUGAAAAUGGACUUGAAAGAUUGCUUUGGGAUAUAUGCAUUGAUCCAGCAGUGAAACCAAAAAUUCGAAGAUUGUCUGAAACUUAUUUGGAACAACUUUUUGGACUGGAGGAUCAGUUGAUGACUCCAGAAUUGAUGACAAAAGCAUGUAACUUUUAUACUGGAAAUUUAAUAAAGACCUAUUUUAGGAAGACAGCUAGUGCAACAGAUGAGGAGACACAGUUCCGGAUCCAAAACCUAUUCUAUUGCCAGAGGCUAAUACACAUUCUAACAAAGUGGAGGGAUAAAGCAAGACAUAAGACUAGAAUGAGAGAAGAUGAGCUGUUGUUAAAACAUGAAAUUCAACUGAGAAAAUGGAAAAAUAAGCCCAAAUCCAAAUUAGGUAGUGAAAAAUUCCUAUCUCCUGAAGAAAAUGCAUCUGAAAUCUCUUUAAAAGAUGACAGUUUUCAAUGUGAUAUUUCACUGUUACCUGGACGAGCACUAUUACAGAUUUUCCGACACCUCAGUAUAAGAGAUUUGAUUGCAUGUGGUCAAGUCUGUCAUUCUUGGAUGUUAAUGACACAAACAAGUUCAUUGUGGAAUGCUAUUGACUUUUCCACUCUAAAAUGUAUGCCUAUCGAUAAAUAUGUGGUGUCUACUUUGCAAAGGUGGCGUCUAAACGUGCUGCAUUUGAAUUUUCGUGGUUGUUUUCUCAAACCAAAAACAUUGAGAUCUGUCAGUCACUGUAGAAAUUUGCAAGAGCUGAACGUCUCUGACUGCAUCACACUCACAGACGACUCCAUGAAGCACAUCUCAGAGGGCUGCCCUGGGGUGCUGUAUCUCAAUCUAUCUAAUACAGCUAUCACCAACAGGACUAUGCGGCUCCUGCCAAGGAACUUCCCAAACUUACAGAAUCUUAGUUUGGCUUAUUGCAAAAAGUUCACAGACAAAGGUUUACAGUACCUGAAUUUAGGGAAAGGAUGCCAUAAGCUCACCUAUCUGGACCUCUCUGGCUGCACCCAGAUCUCAGUCCAAGGCUUUAAGAACAUUGCGAACAGCUGCAGUGGGAUUAUGCAUCUGACCAUCAAUGAUAUGCCAACUCUCACGGACAACUGUGUAAAAGCUUUAGUUGAGAAGUGCUCUCGGAUUACCUCCAUCGUUUUCAUUGGGGCGCCUCAUAUCUCCGACUGUGCUUUCAAAGCUCUUUCCACUUGUAACCUCAGAAAGAUCCGAUUUGAAGGAAAUAAGAGGAUUACUGAUAGUUGCUUCAAGUUUAUAGACAAACAUUAUCCAAAUAUCAGGCACAUCUACAUGGUGGACUGCAAAGGAAUAACAGAUGGCAGCCUCAGGUCACUCUCGGUUUUGAGGCAACUGACCGUGCUGAAUUUGGCAAAUUGUGUAAGCAUUGGUGAUGUGGGACUCAAGCAAUUCCUUGAAGGUCCUGUGAGCACAAGGAUAAGAGAACUUAAUCUAAGUAACUGUAUCAACUUGGGUGAUGCUUCCAUUAUAAAACUAUCAGAGCGGUGCCCUAACUUGAACUACUUGAAUUUAAGAAACUGUGAACAGUUGACUGAUAUGGGAAUUGGGUAUAUUGUGAGCAUCUUUUCGUUGAUCUCUGUAGAUCUCUCUGGAACAGUCAUCUCUAAUCAGGGAUUCUGCAAAGGUUCCUUGAUCUUGGAACACUUGGAUGUCUCUUACUGUCGCCAGCUGUCAGAUGAGAUUAUCAAGGCACUGGCCAUUUACUGCAUUAGCCUCACGUCUCUCAGCGUUGCUGGCUGUCCAAAGAUUACUGAUGCCGCAAUGGAAUUACUAUCUGCAAAAUGCCACUACCUGCACAUUUUGGAUAUCUCUGGUUGUAUCCUGCUUACUGACAAAAUCCUUGAGAACCUUGAGAGAGGUUGUGAUCAACUCCGGAUCCUUAAGAUGCGAUACUGCAAACAUAUUUCCGAGGAGGCAGCUCUCAGAAUGUCAGCUUUUGUUCAGCACCAAGACUACAGCCCCGAGGACCCUCCGCAUUGGUUUGGCUAUGAUUGUGAAGGCAAGUCUCUUACAGAAUGCCCCACAGUUGAUUUUGAAUUAAAGUACCACCACUCAGUUGUGGACUCGUUCCUGGAAGUGGAUGAUAGUAAUGAAAUAACAGGUUGA